AAAAGAACAAAUGCCCUAUUCCUGAUUAUGACGAAAUUGUUAAUCUAGUAAUAUCUGAACGAAGGUUUUCUGAAUCAUCUCAGUCUAGUGGAACUUCGACUAUUAUGGAUAUGUUAGGCAAUAAUCUUGGGUUAAAUUCACCAAUGAAUGUAUCACUAUUAUUAGGAAAUAAAAUACAAAAAAAGCAUGUUGAUGAAUCUACUGACAAAUUAUCCAGUAAGAAAGCAAAGAAGCAAGUUUCAAAGGAAGAUUCUUCUAUAUUUAAAAAACUUAUUGAGGAAUUGACAUCAACGGUACCUGAAAAUUCUGAAAAAGUAAUAGAACUCAACGAAAAUACAAAUAAUUUUUUAUACCAUUAUAACAAAAUUUCGCAGACUGAAUCUAAAAAUGAAAUAGCAAAUAAAGAUAGAAUGUGCAUGUUUAACCUUGAUGAAAUCCGAAAACAACUUCCCGAUAAUAUCACCAAUGACGCAUUAAAAAAAAGAAAGGAAAGAUCGGGAAAAAUAUAUGAUUUAUUUGUUAGUAUUG